ACUGCUGACCACGUGACACUGCGUCUUCCGUGUUGUUUCGAAAUGCCUGAGACUGCGCUAAGCAACUCGUGAUAAUGUGAAUACUCUGAAUAGAGAAUAAUUCCUUCAUUCUUUUUAUAAACAUAUCGGAGUUAACAACAAGGAUAAUAUCGCGGAGGAAAAGGAGACGAUCUCUAUAUUUAUAUCUUUUCCCGGAGACUUUGGGACAGGUGUCAGGUAACAGGAGCUGCUUGUCAGUGGGAGACGAGAGAAAAGAGCAAGAGCUUCGUACCACAGAAGAAGAGUAGAACCUCGUUCUCCACAGGAACAGAACCAGUUGUUCUCCAGGUCUCAAUACAGAUGCGGCUAAAAGAUCCCUUCUCCUUAAAAACGGCCGAGAUGACGAAGCGGUCCAACAAGCCGAGGAAGCCUCGUGAAGAGGACUCGUCAGACGAGGUCAGCGGACUGACGUGUCAGCAUGUGAGUAAAGCAGUGGAGUUGAACUCGGUGAAGAAAGCAGUGACCGGAAGUCUGUGGUCAGUUUGCUCUGACUGCAUGAGGGAGAGAGACGUGUUCGAGUCGGAGCAGGCCGGAGCUCACGAAAUCCUGGUGUGUCUCAAAUGUGGCUUCCAGGGAUGCAGUCAGUCAGAGAGGCAGCACUCAGUGAAACACCAGCAGGCUCAUCGCUCAGAAUCUCACUGCAUCAGCAUCAGCCUCAGCACCUGGAAGGCCUGGUGUUUUGAGUGUAAUGAGGAACUCUCCACACACUGCAAUAAAAAAGCUCUGGCUCAAACACUCGACUUCCUGCAGAAACACUCGGCCAAAUCAGCCUCAGUUUCUGGUUUUCAGAAGGAGUCUCUGUGUGAGAGUUGGAGGUCUUCUUAUUCAGAUUCAGGGUCAACGUCAAAGAUCAUCAAACUGAUCGAGGAGCCUGCAGAAUAUUCCGAGCCGGUCAGAGGGAAGAGUCCGGGGAACAGCACGCUAAUUCCCGUUAAAGGAAUCAUCAAUCUUGGAAACACGUGCUUCUUCAACGCGGUCAUGCAGAAUCUGUCUCAGACACACAUGCUGAAUGACCUCAUACAGGAAGUGAAGGAGAAAGGACACAAGAUGAAGAUCUGCCCCCCUCCUGAGACCAGUUUGGGCCCUUUGACCGUGACUCUGGCAGGUCCGGAGCCGCUCACUUCUGCCAUGAUGUUGUUCCUGUACAGUAUGAAGGAGGCGGGGAAAGGACCGGUAUCUCCCAAAAUUCUCUUUACUCAGCUCUGUCAGAAGGCGCCUCGUUUUAAAGGUUAUCAGCAGCAGGACAGUCAGGAGCUCCUGCACUACCUGUUGGACUCAGUCAGGAUGGAGGAGAACAAGAGAAUCAAAGCUGCCAUCCUGAAAGCGUUUAAUAAUCCCACUGAGAAAACAGCUGAUGAGGAGACCAAACGCCAAGUCAAAGCAUAUGGUAAAGAGGGUGUGAAGAUGAACUUUGUUGAUCGCAUAUUUGUUGGCGAGUUGACGAACACCAUUAUGUGUGAAGAGUGUGAGCAUAUUUCCACAGUGAAGGAGGCUUUUAUUGACAUCUCUCUGCCCAUCAUCGAGGAGAGAAUCUCCAAACCCUCGAACCCGGGCAGGCUGAGUAAACCGGGCCGAGACCCGGAGUCCCCAGGCGGUCACGCUGACGAGCCGUCUCAUUCACACGCCGGACGGAGCGGGAAGAAGCCGAGUGUCCAGAAGCCGCAGGGUCGAAGGUCAUCCACUUGUCAAGACACCAGAGGAACGGAUGAAUCGGCGUCCACUCUGCGAGACGAAGCCGCGUGUUCACGUGGGCACUGUUUCCAUGGUGAUGCAGCAGGCAGUCAAUCAGAUGCCAGCGAUAAAGACUCCUCCCCUCAGGACAGCAGCAAUGAUGCGGACAGCGAGGCGUCGGAGUCCGAGUGCUCGCUGCGAGUCUCCAGUCCCUCCAAUAAAGCCUUGCCUUUGUCCUCGUGUGUGAAACCCACCCUGCCUGUACCAAGCCCCGCCCCUUUUGUCCGGGAGCAGACAGGAAGUGCGGUUGAACAGCUAGUCAGCGCGGUGUCCAAAUUAGGGCUAGUGCACACGCCUCUGGAUGGAUUUCCACUCAGGGAGAAAGAAGAGAGAGACAGGGAGAGAGACAGAGAAAGAGACCGGGAACACCAGGGGGCAUUCCAGGCGCUGUCUCACAGCUACACCCCGGCAUCUAAAGAGUGUUCGGUCCAGUCCUGCCUCCAUCAGUUCACCUCCAUCGAGCUCCUGAUGGGGAACAACAAGCUGCUGUGUGAGAACUGUACAGAGAGACGCCACAAACAACACAGGAGGAGUGGAGAUAAGAAAGUAGAGAAGGUGUACACAAGCGCCCGCAAGCAGAUGCUGAUCUCAGAGCUGCCACCAGUCGUCACACUGCACCUUAAACGCUUCCACCAGGCUGGGAUGAACUUACGGAAGGUGAAUCGUCAUGUUGAUUUCCCGCUUGUUCUGGAUUUAGCUCCGUUCUGCUCCGCCUCCUGCAAGAACCUUGGUUCUGGAGAGCGGGUUCUCUACAGUCUGUAUGGUAUUGUGGAACACAGUGGCUCAAUGCGCGGAGGCCAUUACACAGCAUACGUCAAAGUCCGAACGCCACAGCGCAAGUGUGAACAACACAGGAGUCAAUCUGGUUGUAGAGAGGCUGUGUCAGCUCCCCCUGGUCAGUGGGUGUAUGUGAGUGACACCAGCGUCCAGAUGGUUCCUGAAUCUCGAGUACUGAACUCUCAGGCCUACCUGCUCUUCUAUGAGGAGCUCCUCUAGGGGGCGCCAUUACUUCUGGAACACUUGUGUUCUGACACCACUAAUCUCUCUUACGGAUGCAAACACAUCAGUCAGCUAGAACACACCACACACACACACACAUUAUAUGAAUAAUUAUUAUUAUUAUUAUUAUUAUUAUUAAUAUUAAUAUCAUUAUAGAUGGUUAACUGGUCUACCUGCAGGUGGUUAGCGGGCCGUUACUGAGACGCUGUUAUGAGUAGAAAAUAUUCUAAAGUGUAGAAUUAUUUAUAUUUUAAAGAUUUUGUUUUUUCUCUCAUCAUUUUGCCUGAAAAUGAAAUCUUUCAUAUCUUGGUUAUUAAAUACCAAAGACGCUAAAACACAUCAGAGGACAGAACCGAGGUUCCGCUCAGCUCUUAGCAGUUAUGGAGAACCUCAGAAUGAAUAUCAGCGAUAUGAUACAUCACCGCAUUCAACACAAUCUUCAUCAUCAUCAUCAGAAUACAAAAA